AUGAAUAAAACAAUAACAAACAAUAUCCUGAAAAAAAUGGCUCCUAUCGUUAAGAAACAUUACGAUUAUAUCGUUAUUGGUGGUGGUUCCGGUGGUGUUGCGUCAUCUCGUAGAGCUGCCUCUUAUGGUGCAAAAACAUUAAUCAUUGAGGGAAAACGUCUUGGUGGCACCUGUGUUAAUGUUGGCUGUGUUCCAAAAAAAGUUAUGUGGAAUGCCUCAGAUUUAGCUACUAGGGUGUUGCAAGCUAAUGAAUAUGGUUUGUUUCAACAAUACGCAUUAACUAAAGAAAAUUUGACUUUCAAUUGGGAACAGUUUAAAGCCAAAAGAGAUGAAUAUGUUAAAAGAUUGAAUGGGAUCUAUGAAAGAAAUUUGACCAAAGAAGGUGUUGAUAUUGCUUUUGGUUGGGCUAAAUUUAACAAAGAUGGUAAUGUUGAAGUUACAAAGAAAGAUAACACUGUGGAGACCUAUUCUGGUGACAAGAUUUUAAUAGCCACUGGUGGUCAACCAAUUUUCCCAUAUAACGUUCCAGGUUAUGAACAUGGUAUCAGUUCUGAUGGAUUCUUUGAAUUGGAAAAGCAGCCAAAGAAAGUUGUUGUUGUUGGAGCUGGUUACAUCGGUGUAGAAUUAGCUGGUGUCUUCCAUGGAUUAGGUACAGAGACACACUUAGUUAUUCGUGGUGAAACUGUCUUAAGAAAAUUUGAUGAAUCUAUUCAACAUACUAUUACUGACCAUUAUAUCCAUGAAGGUGUGAACAUUCAUAAAAUGUCUAAUGUUACUAGAAUCACUAAAAAUCCCGAAAAUAAAAAAUUGACUGUUGAAAUUAAUAAAGGAGAAACUAUUUUAGAAGACAUUGAUGAGUUGAUUUGGACCAUUGGCCGUAAAUCAUUACUAGGUCUUGGCUUGGAAAAUGUUGGUGUUAAAUUAAAUGAAAAGGAUCAAAUUAUCGUUGAUAAAUAUCAAAACACUAAUGUAGAAAAUAUCUUUGCAUUAGGUGAUGUUGUAGGUAAUGUAGAAUUGACUCCUGUGGCUAUUGCUGCAGGUAGAAAGUUGUCUAAUAGAUUGUUUGGUCCAAAGGAAUUUAAGAACGAUAAAUUAGAUUAUACCAAUGUGCCAAGCGUAGUUUUCUCACAUCCAGAAGCUGGUUCCAUUGGUUUGACUGAAGCUCAAGCUGUAGCCAAAUAUGGACAAGAGAAUUUGAAAAUAUAUAACACAAAAUUCACGGGAAUGUAUUACUCAAUGUUAACCAAUAAAUCGCCAAUUAGAUACAAGUUAGUUUGUGCUGGCCCCGAAGAAAAGGUUGUUGGUUUACAUUUAGUUGGAGAUGCAUCUGCUGAAAUCUUACAAGGUUUCGGUGUUGCCAUCAAAAUGGGUGCCACUAAGAAAGAUUUUGAUAACUGUGUGGCUAUCCAUCCAACUAGUGCUGAAGAAUUAGUUACCUUACGUUAA